AUGCUAUACAGAGCUGCUGCUCCCAUCCGGGCAAAGACGUCCUUGCUCCAGGUCUUUUCCUUGGUCAAUGUUACGUAUGGCUCCUCGUCUUCAGGCGGGCAGCCAGAUCAGAAAGGUCGACAUGACCGUUCACAGCACGCGAAGCUGGUGUUAGCUGCCGAGUACGAGGUGCCAGGUACCAUUACAGGGCUGGAGAAGGUUAGGAUUCCGAACUCCAAAAGUGGUGGAGAGGCAAUCCUUGUUUCUAGUCGGAACGCGAAGCUCAGCUUGAUAGAGUGGGAUCCGCAAAGUCACGGAAUAAGCACUAUUUCAAUCCAUUACUACGAGGAUGAGGAGAGUCAUACGAGUCCCUGGGUGCCUGAUCUAGGAAGCUGCCCCUCCAAUUUAACCGUUGAUACAAACGAUAACUGUGCCAUCUUUAACUUUGGCAUUCACAGCUUGGCGAUCUUACCUUUCCACCAGGUAGGAGAUGACCUGGUAAUGGAUGAUUAUGAUUCAGCAGCGCCCAAUGGAGACGGCUCUGGAGAAGCGGUUAAUGAUACUCAUCAAUCUGGCGGAGGGGACGGAACAUCGCACGACAAACCAUAUGGACCUUCCUUUGUGCUACCUCUAACUGCCCUGGAUCCGGUUCUAACACACCCUAUCAACCUAGCCUUUUUGCAUGAAUACAGAGAGCCCACAUUUGGGAUUCUCUACUCUCAAAUCGCUAGGUCAACAUCUCUAGCUACAGAGAGGAAGGACGUGGUUUCUUACGCCAUCUUUACCCUGGACCUACAACAACGGGCCUCUACGACUCUUCUUACGGUCUCGCGCUUACCGAGCGAUAUCUUCAAAAUAGUACCGCUCCCACCUCCAAUUGGUGGAGCACUGCUGGUCGGCGCCAAUGAGCUUGUCCAUGUUGACCAAGCAGGUAAAACGAACGCAGUAGGCGUGAACGAGUUCGCCCGGCAUGCCUCUGCGUUUUCUAUGGCUGAUCAGUCGAACCUUGAACUUCGACUAGAAGGGUGUGUCGUGGAGCAGCUAGGAAGCGAAGCAGGAGAGAUUCUGCUUAUAUUGUCAGACGGGAGGAUGGCGGUCUUGACCUUCAAAGUUGAUGGAAGAUCGGUGUCUGGAAUAUCUCUUCAUAUCGUUACGGAGCAAUCAGGUGGUCUGACGAUUAAAGCAAGGCCUUCAUGUUCCGCUAGCUUAGGUCGGGGUAAACUCUUCUGCGGCAGCGAAGAAGGGGACUCUAUCCUCCUCGGCUGGUCAAAACCUUCUUCUGUCACGAAGAAACCUUCUACAGCGAACGAGGGAGUGAGCGAAGAAGCGGCAACUGAGCUCUAUGGAGAUGAUGAGCAGGAUGACGACGACAUGUAUGAAGACGACCUUUACUCCACCCCCCUCAACCCCGCUACGUCCCAUCAGGAAAAACUCGUGGUAAACGGCGAUAGUACUGGCGACUUUGUGUUUCGACCGCACGACAGGUUAUGGGGUCUGGGCCCUUAUAGAGAUAUUACUCUUGGGAGACCACCUAAAUCGAAAACCAAAGAUAAACGGGACAGUGUACCUGACAUAUCUGCUCCACUUGAAUUGGUAGCAGCCCGAGGAUUUGGCAAGUCAGGCGGACUUGCAGUCCUCAAACGAGAAGUUGAUCCAUUUACAAUUGACUCUCUCAAGAUGGAAAAUGUAUAUGGUGUAUGGUCGAUCAGGGUAAAUGACCCCAAGUCUAAAGAUGCAUCAUCCACAACGCAGUCUAGGGGUUAUGAUCGGUACCUUCUUCUAGCAAAGUCAAAAGGUGACGAUAAGGAAGAAUCAGUUGUGUAUUCGGUCGGAAGCAGCGGGUUGGAUUCGAUUGAUGCACCAGAAUUUAAUCCGAACGAAGACUGCACCAUUGAUAUCGGGACCCUCGCUGCCGGAACAAGGGUUGUGCAAGUGCUGCGAACGGAAAUCAGAAGCUACGAUUGCAACCUCGGAUUAGCGCAGAUAUACCCUGUCUGGGAUGAAGAUACCAGCGAAGAGCGCACAGUUGUUCAAGCUAGCUUUGCAGAACCCUAUCUCCUAACUAUCCGCGACGACCAUUCUCUCUUGGUUUUGCAAACAGAUAAAAAUGGCGACCUCGACGAGCUUGACAUACAGGGUUCAGCAGCCUCCGGAAAUUGGGUUUCUGGCUGUCUGUAUGAGGAUAAACUGCGAAUUUUCUUUCCCUCCGAGCCAGACUCAGAAGAUAAGGCGGGCCACAAUAUCUUGCUUUUCCUACUGGAUGGCGAUGGAAAGCUUUCUAUCUUCCGUCUUCCAAAUACCGCCGAACCACUGUGUUGUGUGGAUAACAUGAAUCUUUUGCCUACGAAUUUACCUUGCGAAGCGCCUUCGAGACGCCUGACAAACCGGGAGACACUGACUGAAAUCUUGGUUGCAGACCUUGGGGAUGCCAUUCGUAGAAACCCUUAUAUAAUACUACGUACAAAACAUGACGAUUUAAUCCUCUACGAGCCGUACCGUGUUACUAGCGAGAAUACGGAACCAGAAUUGCGAUUUCUUAAAGCUGUUAACCAUGUUGUUAUGGGUUCUCAGCUCGAUGUGGCACAGAAUGAUGCGGGAGACGCUACUCGAUCCUCAAGCAAACCUCUACGAGCGCUAUCAGAUGUAUGCGGAUACAAGACCGUGUUUAUGCCGGGCCGGAAUCCGUGCUUCAUCCUAAAAUCAGCAAUCACACGACCACAUGUCUUACGGUUACGCGGGAAAGCAGUUCAGAGCUUGAGUGGUUUUCACAUUGCCGCCUGUGAGCGUGGAUUCGCAUAUGUUGACGAAGAUGAUGUCAUUCGCAUGUCUCGACUGCCCUCAAACACCCGAUUUGAUAGCACUUGGGCUACGCGCAAAAUCGCACUAGGAGAGCAGGUCGACGGCAUCGUGUAUUCAUCGGCAUCUGAGAGCUAUGUGAUCGGCACCAGCGUUAAAGAUGAUUUCAAGCUGCCAGAAGAUGACGAGUCGCAUGCAGAAUGGCGGAAUGAAUUUAUUACUUUCCUACCCCAACUCGAAAGAGGAACCGUUAAACUUCUGGAUCCAAAAUCUUGGUCGAUCAUUGAUACCUACGAGCUAGAGCCCGCAGAGCGCAUUACCUGCAUCGAGGUAAUUCGCCUGGAAGUCUCGGAAACGACCCACGAGCGGAAAGACAUGGUUGUAGUAGGAACAGCCAUUGUCAAAGGUGAAGACAUCGUGCCUAAAGGCUGCAUCCAUGUUUUUGAAGUUAUCGACGUUGUUCCAGAUCCCGACCACCCAGAGAAAAACAAGAAACUGAAGCUUUUUUCGAGGGAGGAGGUUAAAGGUGCUGUCACUGCACUGUCAGGUAUUGGUGGGCAGGGAUUCAUGAUCGUCGCGCAGGGCCAGAAGUGUAUGGUGCGCGGACUAAAAGAGGACGGAAGCCUGUUACCUGUGGCCUUCAAGGAUACCCAAUGUUACGUCAGUGUGCUGAAAGAGCUCAAAGGGACUGGAAUGUGUAUUGUGGGUGACGCGAUCAAGGGCUUAUGGUUCACUGGAUAUUCGGAGGAACCGUACAAACUGGACCUAUUCGGCAAAGAGAACGAGAAUCUGGCGGUUAUAGCCGCGGAUUUCCUGCCAGAUGGAGAUAAGCUGUAUAUCCUAGUCGCUGAUGAUGACUGCAAUGUACACGUUCUGCAAUACGACCCGGAAGAUCCGAGUUCCUCAAAGGGCGAUCGCCUACUCCACCGAAGUGUGUUCCACACAGGCCACUUCGCAUCAACCAUGACUCUACUACCACAGGGAUCCCAUUCACUCUCCUCCUCACCCUCAUACUCUGACGGUGAUGCCAUGGACACCGACCUGCCACCGCCGCCAUCCAAAUACCAAGUGUUGAUAACGUCCCAAACGGGCUCGAUCGGAAUAAUCACACCUGUCAGCGAAGAUUCUUACCGUCGCCUGCUAGCUUUGCAGUCGCAGUUAGUCAACGCGCUUGAACACCCUUGUGGAUUGAACCCCCGUGGAUAUCGGGCCGUCGAGAGCGACGGGAUGGGCGGACAGCGUGGAAUGAUCGAUGGGAACCUACUGCUUAGAUGGCUUGAUAUGGGGGCUCAGAGGAAAGCAGAGAUUGCCGGACGUGCGGGUGCGGAUGUGGGUGCUAUUCGAGCGGACCUAGAGAAGGUUCACGGUGGUUUGGCAUACUUGUAG